AUGCCCAAGGUUAAAUCAAAAAAGUUUGGAUACGAUCGUGCUAAAAAUGCGAGUUCAUCGGCAGCCUCAGCUUCCACCGCUAGGGCCAUGGCUCCCUUGUUCAAAAAAGAAUUGGGCCAGCACAUUCUGAAAAAUCCCCUUAUUGCUCAAAAUAUCGUUGAAAAGGUUGCGGCUGGUUUGAAAUGCACGGACGUCGUUCUCGAGGUAGGUCCGGGCACAGGUAAUCUUACUACGAGAAUUCUAGAACGUGCAAAAAAGGUUGUGGCGGUCGAAUUGGAUCCGCGAUUGGCUGCCGAAUUGGCGAAGCGUGUCCAGGGAAAGCCGGAACAACGACGUUUAGAUAUAAUGGUGGGUGACGUUAUAAAAACGGAUCUUCCAUUUUUUGAUGUCUGCAUAAGUAACACACCGUAUCAGAUAUCAUCACCUCUUAUCUUUAAACUUCUCGCACAUCGACCGUUGUUUAGAUGUGCUGUAUUGAUGUUUCAACGCGAAUUUGCUUUACGCUUAAUUGCCAAACCGGGUGAUGAUUUAUACUGUCGAUUAAGCGUGAACACCCAGUUAUACGCUAAAGUGGAUCACAUAAUGAAGAUUGGAAAAAAUAAUUUUAAACCUCCUCCACAAGUUGACUCAUCGGUGGUUCGAAUCGAGCCACGUAAUCCACCGCCACCAAUUGAUUUCAAAGAAUGGGAUGGUUUGAUGCGGAUAGUGUUUGUUAGAAAGAACAAGACACUUGCUGCAAAUUUCAAGACGACUUCAGUGUUAGAUAUAAUCGAAAAUAAUUAUAAAACGUUUUGUUCCGCAAAUGAAAUGAUGAUUGAAUCGAAUUUUAGCAUAAAAGAAAAAGUGAUGAGUGUUCUUAAAUCUGUUGGUUUUGCUGAUUCAAGGGCUGCAAAAUUGGAUGUUGAUGAUUUUUUAAAGCAUGUUCAUAAUUUUUUUUGGUAG